AAGAGCACUGAAGGAAAUUAAAAAGAACACAUUAACAGAGAAGAAGAAAUCUCGCAAAUUGAAAUCCAAGCGAACAAUGUACAAUGCUUCACAAAAUGCUGCUUUUGAUAAACAUGAUAUUGCUGUUUAUGAAGAGGUUGCCUGCAUUCCACCUUUCUCACGAAAAAUGCUUGUACUUUUGAUACAAAGUCGAACAGUCGCUGAUGGAAUUACUCAAACUAUUGUGGAAAGCAAUCCAGAUAUUUAUGGAAAAUCAGAGAAAACUAUUGAGCCUCCAACUACAAAUGGGUCCAGUUCUUCAACUACGUUACACAGUGAGCAAUCUGAAAGUUUCUAUAAUCCUCAGUUAACGGCUGCGAGAGAGAUUUUAAAGGAAGGGAAAACGUGUGUCAUGACUGCAACACCACAGUGUCUCAAGUUGUUGAGGACAUCUGAGUUUAUGCCAUUUGUUGUAUUUUUAAAAUCAAAUGAAGAUCUUGAGUCUCCUCCUGAAGAGAAUAUAUUCAAUCAUUCCAAUGAAGACAUUGAAAGGCAUUAUUCCAGAUAUAUCGACACCACAUUGGAUAUGGCUCCAACUAACCAACUGUCAGAAGAAAUCAUUGAAAAAUUGGGCCAGCUUAAAACUAAGCAUCAGUGGGUGCCUACAAGCUGGGUUUACUAAAUUAGGACGAAAAAUGUUUACUUUAUUAUAGGCCAAUGGUCGCCAAACUUUAUAUACUACUGUGCCUAAUAUGCGCCUUGACGUUUGCAUGUGGGCACAAUAAUUUCUGUCUAUAAACACCACCAUUUUAUUAAACUGCAAAUUAUGACGCACCGUAAUUCAAUUUUCUACGGCAAUUUCCAGGGCAGUUGCAGGGAAUUUUCAAGUUAGACCGUAUCAGCUAGGCUGUAUGACUGGAGGUCG